GCUUUCGGCGCUCACUUUUGGUCCCAGCAACCGAGCGGCGUGUACCCAUAGACCCCAGAGAAAAGAGAAAACAAAGCAUACAGCAUACAGCAGCGUCGAUCAGAUCCAAAUCAAGUCAAAUACAAAAUACAACAAUAGCCGGAACGGAGCCCAGUCGAAAGACAUUUUUCUUGUUUUUUUUCCGUUGUUGAACCGAAAGAAGCAGCGUUUUCGAAGCGCCUGCAUUUUGCAUUGUGAGUGGAUCGAAUCGAAACGGAAACUUGGAAGCCCGACGCGUCGAGGAAUUCCAGCUAGCCGAAGGCCAGGAAUAAGAGGAGACACCUCCAGAAAACCCCAGAAAAGCAAAAGUGUUGCGAAUUCGCGGCGACAAGAGGCAGAAGAGCACACCGUUCCGGACCAGCUUGCCCCGCAUCACCAGUCCCAGCCGGCAAUCUGCAAGAUCCAGAUCCCAGCCAGAAUCCGGAACUUAAGGCCAAGCCCAGUGCAAUUAUGACGGACGUAUCGCACGAAUUGGGCGCCCUGCGCUUCGUGGUGGACUCGCCGCUGUCCUCCAAGGUAGCCAUGUUCAACAACCAGGCGACGCAGCACAAGCAGUCGCAGCUGCUGAACCCCUUCUCCCAGGACGGACGCGCCUCCUCGCCGAAGCCGACCUUCUCGAAGGAUCAGUAUGGCAAGCCACUGGCCGGCAGCCUCACGGAGAUGCGUGGCCAGAAGGCCAACAUCCAUGUGAUGAAGGAGAUGCUGGAGCUGUGCCAGAUCAUCAAUUCGGAGGGCUACGACGUCAAGGACGAGCCCACCAUGCGCGUGAUCCCCUUCGGCGAGCUGUUCAACAUCUACAACUACAUAUCCGACAAGGUCGUGGGCAUCCUGCUGCGCGCCCGGAAGCACAAGCUGGUGGACUUCGAGGGCGAGAUGCUGUACCAGCGGAGGGACGACAAUGUGCCCGUCUUCCUGCUGAAGCCCAUCAAGGAUAUCCGCAGCGAGAUGGAUGCCAAGAUUGAGGACAUCAAGAGGGCGGCCAGUCCUGCGCCUCCGCAGUCCACCUCGGUGCUGAUGGACCGCAGUGCCCACGAGCAGAACCUCAAGUCGAGGACUCCCUCGCCGGCGGUGGGCAAGUCGGCCAAGGCCAAGUCAGCGUCGCCCUCGCCGGCGCCCAAGGCUGCUGCUCCUGCUCCUGCUCCCGCUGCAGCUCCAGCUCCGGCGGCUCCCUCUGUGGCAGCUCCUGCUCCGGCAGCAGAAGCUGUUGUUGCUGUGGCGGAGCCUGCUCCUGCUGCACCUGUGCAAGCUCCAGCUCCCGUUGAGAUCACACCAGUUCAGCCAGCAGUGCCUGAGACUGCGCCAGUGGCUGUGAUCGUCACUGAAGCUGAAGCAGAAGCACCACCCACAGAAGAAGCCCCUGCAGUCGCCAGCGAACCGCAAGCGGUGGAGGCAGUUGCUCCAGUUGCGCCCGCAGCCGCCGAUGAGCUGCCCACAAUUGUGAUCGAAGCCACCGCCGAGUUUGUGCGCACCGUCAGCGUUGAGCAGCUGGCGCCCAGUCCGGCAGCUGCCACCCAAUCCUCGCCAGACGAAUCCCAGCCAGAGUCCACGCCCGCCUAAGCCGGAUGAUGGGGGGAGGGGCUGGUAAGCUUGGAGGGGAUGGAACAUCCCCCGACAUCGUUUGAAAGGAACUCUCGCAACUACUAAAGCGGCAGCUUUAAAGUGCAGUAGUUUAGUUUAAGGCGUACUUAGUUUAAUUUACAAUUAGCGCAACACACACUGAAGACAGAAACGAGAGAGCGACUAUUUAUUUAUUAUUAUUGUGUAUGAAUACCAUUAACGGACGACCAAAGGAGCCAGUUUACUCAAUUUUUUAAUCAUUACUCUAUUGAAAUUAACUCAAGUUUUCCACUCACGACAGUUGGGAAAGUGCAAAGCGAUAUAAUAUUAAUAAAAUAAAUACACGUACUUAGACACAGUA